UUGAAAGCACAGCCGCCUCAAUUUCCUCCAGCGUCCAAGGUCCAGGAUCCACCUCAACUUCUACUGAGACUCCAACCUCAUUUCUCCUCGUUCUCUCCGCUCCUCAUCUCUUUUUAAAAUUCUCCCUCUUCCUCUUCAUCCCAAAUGUUCAUCUCCUGAUUCAUUCUCUUCUCUUUUCUUUUCUUUUCAAGGGUUGAAAAGGGUAGAUUCCUUUGGUAAUAUUACAGUCCUGAAAGGAUGAAUCCCUACAUUGUUGGUGUUGUUGUUCCUCUUGUUGUCUCUCUUAUUCUUCGCAAUUCCAAGACGGAGAAGAAACGAGGGUUGUCUGUUGAUGUUGGUGAUGAACCUGGUUAUGCAAUUCGAAACCGUCGGUUCACUUAUACUGUACAAACAGCAUGGGAAGGCAUCACAACUCUUGCUGAGCUUUUUGAGCAAUCCUGCAAGAAGUACCAGGAGAAGUGCUUCCUUGGAACCCGUAAAUUGAUUUCGAGAGAAGUUGAAGUUACAGAGGAUGGAAGAUCCUUUGAAAAGCUUCAUUUGGGGGAGUAUGAAUGGCUUACAUAUGGGAGAGCAUUUGAAGCUGUGUGCAAUUUUGCUUCUGGUUUAGCUGGACUUGGGCAUAACAAGGAAGAACGAGUAGCAAUCUUUGCUGAUACAAGAGAGGAGUGGCUUAUUGCGUUGCAGGGUUGCUUUAGACGCAAUGUCACUGUCGUCACCAUAUAUGCAUCUUUGGGGGAGGAAGCUCUUUGUCACUCACUAAAUGAGACAGAGGUUACAACUGUAAUCUGUGGGAAGAAAGAACUGAUGAAACUUGUGGAAAUUAGCGGACAACUUGACACAGUCAAGCGCAUUAUCUGUAUGGAUGAUGAAAUCCCUUAUGUUGGUUCAUCUGUUGAGCAGAGCAGUGCCUGGAAUAUAACUUUGUUUGCUGAUGUGGAGAGACUUGGUCGAGAAAACCCCAUUGAUGCUGACUUACCUGUUCCUGCUGAUGUUGCGGUUAUUAUGUAUACAAGUGGGAGUACUGGAUUACCUAAGGGUGUAAUGAUGACACAUGCUAACGUCCUAGCUACAGUUUCAGCCGUCAUGACAAUUGUUCCUGGCCUUGGAAGCAACGAUGUCUAUAUGGCAUAUUUGCCUCUGGCUCAUAUCCUUGAACUGGCUGCAGAGAAUGUAAUUGCUGCCGUGGGAAGUGCCAUAGGAUAUGGAUCCCCUUUGACACUUACUGAUACAUCAAGCAAGAUUAAAAAGGGAACGAAAGGUGAUGCCACUAUGCUGUUGCCUACUCUAAUGACAGCUGUCCCUGCAAUUCUUGAUCGUGUUCGAGACGGGGUGCUGAAAAAGGUAAAUUCAAAGGGCGGGUUAUCUAAGAAGUUGUUUGACUUGGCAUAUUCUCGUAGACUGUCUGCAGUAAAUGGUAGUUGGCUUGGGGCUUGGGGUCUAGAAAGGCUUCUAUGGAAUUUACUUGUAUUUAAAAAGGUCCGGGCAAUUCUAGGAGGCCGCGUCCGCUUCGUACUAUCUGGUGGUGCUCCUCUCUCUGGUGAUACUCAAAGAUUCAUCAAUAUAUGUCUUGGUGUUCCAAUUGGGCAAGGUUAUGGUCUCACAGAAACAUGUGCUGGUGGUACAUUUUCUGAAUUUGAUGAUACAUCUGUUGGUCGGGUUGGGGCUCCACUUCCUUGCUCCUUUAUUAAGUUAAUUAAUUGGCCUGAAGGUGGUUAUCUUAUAAAUGAUUCUCCAAUGCCCCGUGGGGAAAUAGUAGUUGGUGGUCCAAAUGUCACACUUGGGUAUUUCAAAAAUGAAGAAAAAACAAAAGAAUUAUACAAGGUUGAUGAGAGAGGGAUGAGGUGGUUCUAUACAGGUGACAUUGGGCGGUUUCAUCCUGAUGGUUGCCUUGAGAUAAUUGACCGUAAAAAGGACAUAGUCAAACUUCAGCAUGGAGAGUAUGUUUCCUUAGGAAAGGUUGAGGCUGCUCUCUCCGUGUGCCCCUAUGUUGACAACAUCAUGCUGCAUGCUGAUCCUUUCUAUAGUUACUGUGUUGCUGUUGUGGUGCCUUCUCAAAGCACAUUGGAAGAGUGGGCCUUGAAACAAGGAAUGUCUUUUACCGACUUUGCUGACCUGUGUGAGAAAGGAGAAACUAUUAAAGAAGUCCAUGCAUCACUUGUAAAGGUAGGAAAGAAGGCACGUCUGGAGAAAUUUGAGAUCCCUGCAAAGAUCAAGUUACUAUCGAACCCGUGGACUCCCGAGACUGGCCUAGUUACCGCAGCUCUCAAGAUCAAAAGAGAUGUCAUUAAAAAGGCUUUCACUGAAGAUCUCUCCAGGUUAUAUGCAUCCUAAAUGUUGUUCCAAGCUGGCUGUUACUCUUCCCCCUCAAAUUUUCACUUUAACUUCUGUAGAUACUUUUCAUUUUUGCUGUAUUUCAUUAAUGCCAAGAGUUAUCAGUAGUAAAAUCAAAAUGACAAAUUUUGAGUU